UUUCUAACAUCUCAAAAUUCUCCCAAGGUUCCAAAGCAACUUCCAAAUAUUUUAAACUACAAAAAUUCAGAAGUUCUCUAUUCUCUAAAACCCUAAACCAAGUGUUAAGAUUUAUUGCCUCAGUUAUCUCAUUAUUUCUCUCAUGGAGAACUAACAGUUUGUAAAGACAUACCGCAGGCUUUUAAAAUUCAUGACAUUCCUCGAUCGAGUUAUUCAUCACUCGUGUCACUCUAAAAGUUACAAACAGAUCACACAUGUUUACGUGUUUUUACUACGAAUGAUUCCGGCCUAAAUCACGUUUGUCCGAGGUGACAAUCUUUUGUUCUGACGUAAGUCCUCAUGUUGUUUAAUAACAGUCGCCUAAAUAUGGGCAGAUCAACGGUUCAUCGUAACGAUAUUCCGAAUAAUAUUGCGCGUUUCGAGUGUCCAUUUUUGAGAGAUAGAUUAUUAACAUAUUUUACUGGCGCCAGUGACAUAACAUGUUGGGUUGCAUUCUUAAUCUCCUUCGUUGAUCAGACAUCUGGUAAUUGGAUACAGAGUACCAUUGAUGUGGUUCUUCUAAUUAAACUACUAGAUUUAUUUCUUAAAGCAUUUAAUCUUCUGUUAAAUGAAAGAGUUAAAGGAAAGAUACAUGUGGUCAGAGUAUUAAGUUGCAAAAUUGAGCGUUUCAAGGAAAGGUGUGCAAAGUAACGAAAAUUUGAUACAUCAGCGAGCUGGUCACCGGUUACGAUUGAAAAUCAAUUCUCGAGAGGAUCGCGGAUCGCGUUACCAUGAUUUUCAUUAGAUCAGAUUCCAGGUACAAAUUGCUACCUGACGAGCGUAAUAGUAAUCGUAUAGUUACACCAUUAACCUUGUUUACACGAUGUACACGGGAGAGAUUGAGGUAUCUUGGAUUGUAUGACUACGUAUUGUAUGGAUCGCGUUACAAGCGUUUCGCUUCACGCGGUCAAGGUGCUUGACACUUUACGUGAUGUUUAUUUUGGUAUCGCUACUUGUAACAAGUACGAAAUAGAUCUUAAAAAUCAAUUAAAUCUACGUGACUAUUAUUUUAAUCAUAUAUUUCUUGCGAGUUCUUUGAAAAUCGAUUGAAGAAUCAAUGUAAAGAUUUAUUUCGUGCAAGGUUUAAUGCGACUAAGAUGUUAGACUUGCAUCGUUCAGGUUGUCUCUUUUUUGUAGAGUGAGUCAUUGUUUAACCAUUGGAAAUGUUGGAUGAUGAUGCAUCGUUCUUUAUAUAGUAUUUUAAAAGUAAAAUUACGUCUUUGAAACUUGUAGACGUGAUCUUAAAUUUUUUAUAGUCUUUAGAUACAUUUUAACGUGGUGUAUAAUUGAUGAUGCAAUUUUGAUACUUUUAUGAUUAUGAGUAAUGUAUAAUAUUGACCUUCAUUUAUAUGCAUUUGACGUUAAAAAGUAUCUUCUACUCACAACAUUAAUAAGAUAAAUUAAUGUCUUAAAUAUUAAAAUUCAUAUCUUCAGUGAUUAAAAUUCAUUCUUUUUUGUGAAAUCAAAAUGUUAGCCCAUUUGAUUAACAGACUCGCUAAACAAGAAUAUUCACAUAAAUCUCACAGAGGAAUAAAUUAUAGAUAAAUGUUUCAGAUACAACACUUUACAUUUCAAGUUCCUGAAAGUUUAAAUUUCGUUUCAAACACCGUUUCAAGUUCCGCAUAUACAAUGAUUAUCGCAGAGAUUGUGCAUACACAAUCUAGAUUAAUCUAGAAUAAUAUAAUCGUUUCGCUCUAAUCGCGAAUCUAUCUCGUCGAACAGCGGACUUCAGCCCACGCGAACAACCUACAACCAGCGUUCGCCCACAUUUGUUUAUGAAUAAUUAAUUUCAUCGUUAAUCGCUAUACUUUUUUCUUUUUUCUGGUAACGCGGUGCUGUAAUUGAAUUAUAUUAUGGGUGAGGAUAGGCAGAUGUAGUUUGGUCAUAAAUUAAGUAGUCUCUAAUUCUUAGAGUUCCAAAAUUAAGGAAGUUAAAAAAUGUUAACAAAUAAAAAUAAAAUUGAAGAAUUGUAAAAUAAGGAA